GCUCAGCUGACGGCGGCCGUGUGACGCGCCGCCCGCCUGCGUCGAUACCGUGAUUACCGUGUGAGCACGCCCGCGCCACCGCCCGAUCGUAUACCGGCACCACACCGUACCGACAUCGCCAGUAAUGCACUGCCACUAAACAACCAAAGCAUCUCGACAUAGUUCAUUCAUCCGAAUUCCCAAUGAUGGUGCGACGCAGCGGACGUUAUACUGUCAACUGGCGUGGAUUCAAAGACAUCUUAGGAAACAAACCGCCUGACGAAGAGAAAGAAGAUAAAAAACCAGAAGAUGAUCUUUCAAAUCAUGAAGUUAUCUUUUUAAAAAGUAUAAUAGAAAGUCCAGAUUUUGGUCGUAGGUGUGAGUCUAUAGAAUCUGAAGAAGACUUAAUCGUUAAACCCGUAUCCCUGGGCAACGUUGAUAUAAUAAAGACAUUAAGCGAAUACCGUGGCCACAACAUUCGGACUAUUGAACAAGCCGAACUGGCUAUACUUCUUUCAAGGGUACAUUUUAGGGCCCUAAUAGAUGCUCAUGAUAAGAUAGGUGCAAUUUGGUUGGAACGAGGGUCUGGUAUUGAUGAAAAAGCUGUAGAAAAAGAAGUCGGUAAAGAUAUAGCUGAAGGUGUUGAUAGCACUGCAGAGGAAAACGGAGACAUGCCUAUAGAAACUGUAAAAGUUGUUGGGUUACGGAAAGUACCAGGCCAGCCCUUGGGACUCACGGUAACAACUGAUGAACAUGGUCAAUUAAUAGUAGCAAGAAUAUUAGCUGGAAGUGCUGCUGCAAAGCAAGCUCUCCUAUCAGUAGGAGAUGUCUUACUUGAAGUAGACGGAGUGCAGAUAAAUUCAGAAGAUCAACUCAAAGAAGCAGUAUCGAAACCUAAUGACAGGGUGUCCUUGAAAGUUGGUCCAAAUCUUAAAGAAAAAAGCAGUCAACUGACUAACAAACUUAGUUGUUAUAUGAGAGCCUUAUUUGAUUAUGACCCCAAAGAAGACACUUUGUUACCAUGCAAAGAGAUUGGAUUAGAAUUUAAAAAAGGAGAUAUCUUACAAGUUUCAGAUAGAAAAGACCCCAAUUGGUGGCAAGCCAGUCUUGUCGAAAAUCCAGACGUCGUCGGUCUGAUACCAUCUCCAGAGUUAGAAGAACGACGUAAAGCAUAUGUACCACCAGAAGCUGAUUUUGUUCAUAAAAUUAGUAUUUGUGGGGCUCGGAUAUCUAAGAAGAAAAAGAAGUUUGUUUAUGAGUCACGUUCAAGUGUUCAACUAGAAGGUGCAGAGUUAGCAUUGUAUGAGGAAGUGGCAAGAACUCCUCCCUUCCUUCGACGAACGUUAGCACUAGUGGGGACGCGUGGCGUUGGCCGGCGCACUAUCAAAAACAGGAUGAUACAAGAGCACCCAGAUAGAUUUGGUGUCGUGGUACCGCACACAUCACGUCCACCACGGCCGAUGGAAGAGAACGGUCAGUCGUACUGGUUCGUUUCGCGCGAAGAGAUGGAACGGGACGCGCACGCGGGCCGCUUCUUGGAAUACGGAGAACAUAACGGACACCUAUAUGGAACCCACCUAGACUCAAUACGGGCUGUUAUAAAAGAAGGUAAAAUGUGUGUACUUGAUUGUGCACCGCAAUCGUUGAAACUGUUGCACAACAGUAGUGAGUUCUUACCGUACGUGGUGAUGAUAGCAGCUCCAGGCAUAGAACAACUACGGAACCUCACAUACGCCUCCAAUAGGAAUUUGACGUUCGACCGGCAGAGCUCCAUCCGAUACAGUUCCCGACGCGCUCGAACCCUCGAGUCUCUAGCUUCCUUAUACGAGGAAGAAGACAUGAAACAAACACUCGAAGAUAGCUCUCGCAUACAGCGCCAGUACGAGAAAUAUAUAGAUAUGGUGAUCACCAAUAACAAUACAGACACGACAUACUCUAAGAUUAUGGACGCUCUACAUUCUUUGUCCACGAACCAUCAGUGGGUGCCAGUCAGCUGGAUCUAUUAAGGAACGCUAGCUAGAGUUUAUAGCUAAUAUUAUAUAGUUUAAGUUACAAAUAUGCACUAUUUGUAUAAUAAAAUCAUUAUAAUUUAUAGAUUUACUACUACAACCUGCUAGUUAUCAUUACACAUUUCACUAUAGGGUUAAUUUUCCUAGGACCAGAAGGGCUAUGCUCCAGGGCGGCGCAAUCACUUGUUUCUACAUUACCAAACGGUCGAUUACAUAAAAAUACUAAAUUCUGCG